AUGGCGGAUUUGUCGAUGACCCUGUCAAAUCCGAAGUCGUUCUCAGCUGCUCCACGAAGACUUUCUCAGAUCAAUACCUCCGCUCUCUCACCUCCCUCUUUCCGAUUGCGCACCAAAUCCGCCUUCGAUUCCAUUUCCUUUUCGUCUUCAACUGCCUCCUUCUCCGCCUCAUCGCUCCUCCUUCAUACAUCUUCUACCCGAAACAACCACCGCUGCUUCUCGGUUCAAUCGAAUGCCGAGCCGUUAACCGAACCUCAAUCGAAGAUAACCCACAAGGUGUAUUUGGAUAUAAGUGUUGGGAAUCCAGUGGGGAAAUUAGCUGGGAGGAUUGUUAUUGGGUUGUAUGGUGAUGAUGUGCCCCAAACUGUCGAGAACUUCCGUGCUCUAUGCACAGGUGAGAAGGGAUUCGGAUACAAAGGUUCGACAUUUCAUCGUGUCAUCAGAGAUUUCAUGAUCCAGGGAGGAGACUUUGAGAAGGGCAAUGGAACUGGAGGUAAAAGUGUAUAUGGCCAGAAAUUCAAGGAUGAGAAUUUCAAGUUGUCCCAUGUCGGACCAGGAGUUGUGAGUAUGGCAAAUGCUGGCCCUAAUACAAACGGAAGCCAGUUCUUUAUCAGCACUGUCAAUACGUCAUGGUUGGACGGAAGGCAUGUGGUGUUCGGGCAAGUGAUAGAAGGAAUGGAUGUGGUGAAGCUCAUAGAGGAACAAGAGACAGACAGAGGAGACCGUCCCAGGAAGAAAGUGAUCAUUGCAGACUGUGGUCAACUUCCUAUGUCCGAUGCUUAA